AUGUAUACCCCAGGGCUGGCCCUAACCAUGCUAACUGCCUUCGCAGCAGCAGCACCACAACCGCUCUCCACACGAGGCGGCGACGCCGAAACCUUCAAACUCCACGUCUAUAAUAACUGCUCCUUCCCAAAGUCCGUCGCAAUUUACCAAAUCACCUCCGACUUCCAAAUGCUCGAGAAGUCCAAACCCACCAGCCUCAAAGCUAAGACCGGCAAAACCGUCAUCGAAGCACCUUACAAAGCCCUCGGGAUGCGUCUCUCCGGCCACGCUGAGUGGGGAACUGCUGGGCAGUGGAAGACGCAGGCCCUCUUUGAGUUUGGGUAUGGUGAGUAUAUGGGUGCUAAAGGAACGGCGUAUAAUCUUUCAGUGAUGGAGGGUAGUGAUGCUGAUAUUGGGAUUGGGGGCUAUCCCAUUGCCAAUGGCAAGGGGAGUGGAACUUGUACGAGCAAGACUUGCUUCCCUUGGGACUGUCCGCUCGAUCAAGGCUGGACGAAUCCUGAUCAGACUGAGGAUGGCAGUCCGGCUGAUACGGUUUGUUAUCAUGGGAAGACGGAUUUCAAGGUAGUGUUUUGCCCUUGA